AGUGGUCCAGCCCCUCAGAAUCCGAAAAGCAUCACAGAAGCCUCUGCAUAAAGAUCAGCCUCAGUAGCAAGACUAGGAAACAGAGGAUUUCUGCUCAGUGAUAAAAGAUGAAACAGAUGUGAAGCAGCAGUAUGGAGCUCAAGAGAGGGAAAACCUUCAUAAAAUACAGUGUGCAACAUGAGAAAGUGCCACCAGUACACACAGUUCCUAUCAAUAGAGACAAUACAGGGAAAGACAGAAAGGCAGCUCUGGAGGGAAACCAAAGUGUAGCUGAAGUCCAGCUGGCAUGUUUGGCCACGCACAAGAACUACAGAUGUUCUACCAGAGCAGCAAGGAAUGGAGCUGGUGAUCAGAGCUUGGAAAAAUCAUCUGUGUCCUCCUACAAACUUGUAAGGAAGAGUAAAACCCAUGAGUGUGUUGCUGAGGCAGACAAAACAGAGCACUGUAGCCCCAGCAGCAGGGCUUCUGAGGAAGGUUUUUCUGGAAAGAGUAAGGCCCGACUUGUCAGUAGCAUCAGCUUUUCAGGGAUGUCAAGCUCCAGCAGCAAGAAAGAAUGUGUGGUCAGCCCCAGCCAGUCUGCAUGCAGCAGUCAGAUGAUUGAUUACAGGAACUUUGUGCCACAGAUGCCUUUUGUACCAGCUGUUGCAAAAACCAUACCCAGGAAGAGGAUUUCCCUCAAGAGGUCUAAGAAAGGGCUCAGAGAUAUAUUUCAUAUUAAAAAAAAUAAACCAGACAGCCUCACAUUCCUGGUUGAGAAGGACAAGAAUCUGUCCUCUCCAGGUUGCAAGAGUGAGUUUUCUGGGCGUCUUGCAAAGUACCUUUUCAAAACCGGAGAAACAUUUGCAGCUGAUUGCUUGUCACAAGACUGCUCAGACAGUGAGCUGCAGUCUGACUCUUCCUAUGACUGCUGCAACACCCUAUGUGAAGAUGUCGCUUCACUGAAGAGCUUUGACUCUCUCACUGGCUGUGGGGAAAUCUUCGCUGAUGAAAGCUCUGCUCACCUGGAGCUGGAGAACAGCAAAGAAAUUCUGCUGAGACGAAGCAAGCACAAAGACAACCCUGUCAUGGGCUCUUUCCAAGGGGGUGUGGAGCAGCUGGCUUCUCCUGGCCAGAAUGAGACUGUUGAAUUUGCAAAGCUUUGGGACAACAUCAACAAAUCAGUGAGGCUACAUCAGAGUGCUCUGUUUGAUAAGAAGUUACAGAAGAUAUCAAGUCCUGAUGUGGAAAAGCCUAGAAGCCAGGCUGCUGCAUCUGUGACAGACCCCCAAAUGUCACCUGAUAAAGAUGGUGACAAUUCCAAACAGAGCUCCACAGAAACAGAAACACCUAAAAGUGACAACCAGGAAUCCACAUCCACAAGUGAUGAAGGCUACUAUGACUCUUUCUCUCCCGGACAAGAUGAUGAAAUGAAGGAAGCUCAAACACCUGGGGUCCCAGGUAGAUUUCCAAGAGACAGCUACAGUGGAGAUGCCCUUUAUGAGCUCUUCUAUGACCCAAAUGAAGUCAAAAUAAACCCAGGCCUAGAUGAUGAAUUAUGCACAUCUGAAAGCAUUUCAGAACAAGCCAUUGAAAUCCCUUUGUCCAUUUACAGCUUCCAUGUUGGAGCCGAGGAGAACAUGGCCUCUCAAACAGCUUUAGACAUUAUCAGCCAGGGUUUUUUCCACAGCACAUGGAAAGGCAAAGAAUGUUUGCUAAAGCUCUGUGAUACUGAGAUUUCACUGACCAUGGGGAUAAUAAACUGGCUGCGAAAACACUCAGGACUUGUUUCCUCCCCUGAAUCUCUUCAGAGUCCUCAGUCACAGGCAGAAAAGUCUAAUGAUUUAUCAAUCCCACCCAGCCCCAGUACAGAGCAUAAAGUGAGCACAGAAGCUCAGCAGGAGAAACUAAGCAAGGAAGAAUCUAAUACAUUUAACCUACACAUGUCUUUGGAUGAAAGUAAACACGCAGCUCAGGCCUCCUCAGUAAAUAUUGCCGAAAGAGAUCACAGCCUGGGCUCUUGUGCUAACACAUGUAAUUUGAGUUUCCAAGGAAGGGAUGGGAGUCACCACAUGGAUUCAUCUAUAAUGCCUGAGACUGUGGAAACCAGCAGAGUAUCAAGUUAUGCACCACAGUCACAGGCUAAUGGAGACAACCUGCUGACAUCUUCAACUGAGAAUGGGAAGGUGACAGUAUCAGAAGAAUGUGAGGCAUCCACAGAUAAAAACCCACUGCCAGAAAAGCUGAACAGAGAGAGUGGCUCCCAGAGCUCUGAAACUCCUUUGUUAGAUGAUAAUCAUGAAGUAGAAUCAUGUUACUCCUACAAGACUGCUGCGACUUCACUCCUGGAUUGCCUCGAGAGGGAGGACAGAAAUAAGCCAACGCAUCCUUCUCUCUCGAUUUCCUGUGACCAGCCGCUGCAGCCUCUUACGGUCGGAGCCUUCCAGAGCUACAUUAGCCCCAUGCCAACAGAGAGCAGCACUAACAUAGUGCAGCUCCUGGAGCGCUGUGUCACACAGGUGGCAUCAUUGAAAAUCAGCUAUGAAAACAAGCACCUGGAAGACAAAUGCAUUGGGAAUGAAAUGAACAGCAUCAUUCAGAAGAUAUCUCAGUACAAAACCAAGUUAUUGUUGCAAAAUGAGCACAACUGCAUUGCCCCAAAUCCAGAAUACCCCAGUAUCACUAGCACAAACCAACACAACCAUGAGACAAAUUUCCAGUCCAGCAGUCUGUAUCACUUGAAAGAAAAUGGCGAGGAAAUUUGCUCUGAAGAUCAGAAAAGUAGAGCAAAAAUCAUAGAUGAAGUCACUAGAAGCAAGAUAAAUUUUGAAUACUCCCAGAUAAAUAAUCAAGCACUCUCCUAUUUAAAAGACUUUACACUUGAUCUCAGUCCAGCUGACUCUGGCCCUGCUACAACUCUUAGCAGACCAACAUUUUUACCUCUCAUUAACAAUGUCUGCUCAGACAUACCUGCUGCUUUUUCACAAGCUCCAGACAGCACCACAGCCUCUCUGGCUGACUUGCUGCAGCCCAAGGAGGCCAAGCAGUGCAGUCCAGGACCCUGGAGUUACGCAGAGACCCCCUGCAGGGGCCUGGCUGGAGGGAUGGCUCUGUAUCCCCACACAGAGGCAGGGGCCCUGGACACAGCCGUGACUGGGAGGAACCACCAGUAACACACCUGCAUUGAGAAGGUGCAACGCUGAAGAAUCCCUGUGUAGAUACCGAUGCAGCCCCCCAUGUGUAAUACAGCAUGACUUAGUUCCAUGGCAUCAUAUCAAUAGCAGAAGCAACAAGAAUUUCUCCCUGAAGAUCCUGGCAGAGAUGCUGCAUCAGAAAAUCGUGCUACUCUGUCUGCCUGCCUAACAGAAUUGGGACUUCCUGACAACCACACAGCCCUGAAGCCACUUUUGCAGAUGAGUGGUAAAUAAUACUCUUAAAAAACCCAACUCCAACCUUCAUCAGGAUUUGGAGAAAAGUCAUACCAUGACAAGAAGGUUUAAAGGGAAAAUAAUACGCAUAGUUCUGUCAGUUGUGCCACACAACAUCUGAAAUUAACCCUGUAUCUUUAAAACACAGUAAUGUG